AUGCUGCCUGUUAGGCUUGCACCCGAAGCUGAGCCUGUACCGUCCCCUGGCGAGGACUACGCCUACUCGCAUGAAACUGCGGUGGCAGCCAUCAAGUCCUACUAUGAGUUUAUAGACAGGAUGCAUCCCAACGAAACUGCCUUGGAAUACCCACCGGCCAAUGGCUGGCCUCAGAUCACUCAGGAAUCUUUUGCAAGCUUAGGGAAAACUCACGAUGUUAUCGAACUGCUGCGCCAUAUCCCCUACUUUGCCGACGAUGAGAUCGAAAUCUUGGCUUCCACAAAACCACGGAACUUCAUCGACCCUCAGCUCUGCGAAAUGAUUCAUGAGGCAAGCGAGAGGCUUCGUUCCAAGUUGGCGCUUGAGGAAACAGGAAAUCAGAGCAAGAUCCGGGAAAAUAUUACAAAGGACGAAGAUGGAUUCCCCUGCAGCAUGAUUCUUUUGGCUAUAGGCGAGGAAUACGGAUUCAAGGUGUAUCUUGACACAACCUUCGGCCUCAUCAUCCUCACUAUGAAUGGCGGAAACUUUCCCAACUGCCAGCCCAAGAUCAAAGGCGACAUGUCAAACCCUUACAUCGACUGGGAUGCGGUAGAAGCGCAACACCAGAGAAUGCUAGAAGGAUCUGUGGAUGAGGAGGACGAUGAAGAUGAUAUUGGUCAAAAUGACUGGAGAACAACCAAGUCACAGGCAUUUCGAAUCGACAGUUUCUUCAACAUGUGUCGAGACCAAUGGAGACUCAUGAACUUCAUGCCCAUAUUGGAGGACCCUGGUCGCGUGGCUAUGCUCGAGCAUGCUAAUCCGUCAGAAGACGAGCUUGUGAGACAAAACAUCCUUAAAGCGGUUGGCUGGACCGAACUCGAGGGCAAUGUCGAGGUGAAGUGGGAUAAGGUAUCGGCUCAGAAACGCAUGAUAGAAUAUUUCGGCGAUUGGGGUCCUGUUUGA